UGAAGUAGUCGUUGAGUUAGGAACCAUGUGGUGUAACCUUCCCUUUGUACUUAUUUGUUUGAAUCCUGUUUAUGGGUGGGUACUUAAAGUAUUUGAAGCCCGGGAUGGAUCUACGUCAACUAUGACUCUCACCACCGGAGAUGGGGGGCCGCCCAUUCCAGAUCGUACUAGAUGCGUUCAAGCCAUCUUACCAGAUAACUCGAAUGCCCUUAAUAGUUAUGGUAGUUGCUCUACAUUGUGGAAUUGGAGCAAUUGCACUGUGGAUUUCGGAGCCUCUUCAUCAAUUUUGUCCGGACGUUGUUUUUUUGGCCAUGAAAGAGAUUAAAUGUCGUCAAAAUAACGGAUUCUUCAACUUUUGUGGCAGAAAAUUUUGUACAGACCCUCGCGAUGGAAAUUGGGGAAGUUGGUCAUCCGAAGUUUGCAAUGCUCAAAUUUGCGGAAGUGGCCAGGUGGUCCGCACUCGUAAUUGCGACAAUCCUGUUCAACAAAUUGUUGGAUUGCCGUGCUCUGGCUCCGAUUCAGAUACCGAAACGGAAACUAUCAAAGCCUGUGAUAUAGAUUGCAAGGGUGAAAGUAAGUGACAUUUUGAAAAAAGCACAAGUUUGUUGUUUUACCAUGUAAUUCUCAGGCAUGUAGAAAUCUAGCACAUAACCUUUUUCGUCAAAAAUUGUCUUUUGCUUUUGCAAAGUUAUUUUUGAACUUUACUUGCUACAUUCAAUUUUCCUUGCUGUUUGUAAUAAGUAAAUGUGCAAAAAUUGAGGAGAGGUAGGAGACUUGUACAAACUCAUCGAUUUUAUCCACUCAAAAGUAUUGUCAUUACAUGGCUGAUUUCGCUUAUCAUGGGACAGCAGGAACAAAACCGGUUAAAUCAUCAAAUGAUUCGAUACAUCAAUGAGUCCCAUGGUUCACACCCUGCACCAAAAGGCUGACUUCUGACUGAAAGAAUGAGGAUUCUUGAAUUUUGCAAAUGAGCCUCUUAUAGAAAUAAAAUAGGGCCUAUUGGACCACUUCAUCCCAAUUCAACUCCUGGCUAUACUACUUGAUUUUAAAUGAUGGUAAAAAAAGCUUAGUUAGCCAUUUAGCACUUCUUUGUUGCAACAUUCAUCCAAAGCCUCAAGUGGAAAUUCAAGUUGUGUAUUUAUUAUUUUUGCCUUUUUCCCCUUCGACGUGUUAUCGCACUCAGUAAUAUGUGUACCCUUUCAUCGAUGUAAGAACUUAUCAUUCUAGGAAUAUACCUCAACGCUGGUCCUGAACUUACACUUGCACCUUAGAAGAAUCCUAUACAGCAGUUGGAGUUUUGCUCCUCAAAUGGCCUUGGCACUAUUUUGUGAUCGCAUUGGUUUUUGCCCAUGAAUACAUUUCACAAUUUGUCGGUCACACUAUGGUAUCACCAGAACGUAAUUCUAAUCCCAAUGCAAACAGCUAUGCUUCCACAUGUUGAAAUUUGUUACAAAAAAUUGGUUAUUUUUUCGGUUUUGAUCACAACUUCUGUUUUCGCUUCAUGGGUAGGUUUUGGAUUAACCAGACGAGCUGAGGAGCCCAUGUGACUAAUGCAUCAACUAAUUUACGACAAUCUGUCAAGGUUCUUUGGGUUUGGGUAGUUUGAACAUUUUUUCUAAUUCUUAGCUUGGCACCGAGGUCGUCGAAACUGAUUUUCCGAUAGCUUUAUGGCUUAAGUUUUAAAAUAGAAAGAGAGGUUCCUUGAAUCUCCACUAGACGCAAUGAAACUUCAGAGUGGUAAAAAUACCUAUUAAAGUUUUGAUGGAAAUUCCCAAGCACAUCUUGGCCUUUUUCUCAAUCAGAAAAUCAUGGGGAACAAUUUUAUUUCAUUGUUUUAUGAAAUUCUAGCCCACAUAAAAAA